AUGCCGACACGCAAACUCAAAGCCCGUCGGUAUUCCCCCACCCUUCCGCCCGCCUUGUCCAUGAGCGAACUCGUUUGUAAGACACUCGAUCACGAUGCUACUGAUGUCCUGAUCGACAAAUGGCUUGAGCACCGCAACGACGCGUACUGGGACUGGUUUCAGCGCGUACGCGAGCGCCGGCAUGCGGCCAAUGUCCUUCUUCGCAGCACUCAGCUCCUCCUCUGGAGCAAAGGAGAUUUUGUGCCGGAGAACAUCUUUGUACGCACGGUCGAUACCUCCCGUCUUAUCCCCCUUGAUCGCACUUGGACCACACAUGUUUACCACCAUCGGUCUAUGGAAGAUCGUAAACUGUCUAUGAUGCCAGUUGUUUUCACGAUGCUGCCGGAGCUCAUGCUGCUUCGAGGAAUGCACGACCACGGAUGCGACGACAUAUACAUCAUCGUAACGGACAUGAAACGAGCGGAAAUGGAUGUCGCGACUGAGUACUUCAAACUAGUCUAUAUGCAGUUAACACAUACACUGAAUCGACAGCGGCGCACACCAUGCUUCCCCCAAAUUGACCUCGCCUUUCGCGCCAUUCUAUACGAGCAACGCCCGCCCUUCAUCAUUCUCUUCUCUCAUCAGACAACGUCCUACUCUCAGAUAUUUUUCACGCACCCUCUCUUUGUCCCCUCGUCCGAAAUCUUCUUCGACUUCCCAUCCGGAUGCCCUAAUCCCUGCUGCACUGAAGACUGCGAGAUGGUUAGGUUUCCGCGGCGGGGGCUCGAAGGUGCCGCCGUAUUACCCCUAAAAAGGGGGCGCGCCUACGCUUUCCGCAAGGUGAGAGCGCGGGAGAUGUGUAACUGGAUUGACUGUGAUAUCGCAUUCGAUGAGGAGGCGGCGGCGGAUGGGAGCGAGUCUUCUAAGACGAGCGGGGAGGCAGAGGUUGCGCCUGUGAGGGGGCAGGUAUGUAGCAAGUGUAAGAUUGCCAAGUAUUGUUCGGCGGAGCAUCAAAGGAAGGAUUGGGACGAACAUCGCCGUGUUUGCGCGAAGCCGCCGUCCCCUUCUUCUUAA